UGAAUUUUCUUUUAAAAAAAGUUUAAUGUAAUCUUUUAAUGCCAUUCGCGUAAUAAAUUAUAAUAGUUGUUUAUAAUAAAUCAAAAUGUCGGAUCCAAAAUGCGUGGAAGUCCUAUUACCAGCUUCAGUGAAAUGUGAAGAAGUUGGCGCAGGCUGCGCCGUCAUUUAUCAAACUGAAAACAACUCGAGGCCUCCUACGGUGCCGCUACUGGAAUCACUCAAUAAUGGACAAGUUUUGGGUGGAUCACAAAACAAUCUCUGCAAUGGAAGUAUCGCCGCAGCCCAUCAAUUGGUCCGGAAAAUUCCAAAUAACACUAGUCCGAACGGUUGUCGAAAACCCAUGGUGACAUUAUCCCAUUUACCCAGGAGGCCACCGGUUGAUGUCCAAUUUUUAGACACUUCCUAUUCAGUAUCUGAAGGUAGACAACGUGGAUACAAGACGAUCUUGAAAGGAAUCAAUGGAAAAUUUCGGUCGGGAGAAUUGACUGCUAUUAUGGGCCCAUCAGGGGCGGGAAAGAGUACUCUUAUGAAUAUUUUAGCUGGUUAUAAAACAUCUCAUCUUAGUGGAUCAGUUCUAAUUAACGGCAAAGAACGUAAUCUACGCCGUUUCCGAAAACUCUCAUGUUACAUUAUGCAAGAUGAUCGCCUUCUUCCCUACAUCACAGUGCGCGAAGCCAUGAUGGUGUCUGCCAAUUUAAAAUUAGGGAAAGACACACCGCACAAUGCAAAAAGAAUUGUAGUCGAUGAAAUUAUUGAAACAUUGGGCUUAGUAGAAUGUAGCAAUACUAAAACAUUACAUCUAUCAGGCGGACAACGAAAAAGAUUGUCCAUAGCUCUGGAAUUAGUUAAUAAUCCACCUGUUAUGUUUUUUGAUGAACCUACAUCAGGAUUAGAUUCUUCUACUUGUUUUCAAUUAAUCUGCUUGCUUAAGUCUUUAGCAAGAGGUGGUAGAACAAUAGUAUGUACAAUACAUCAGCCUUCUGCAAGACUUUUUGAGAUGUUCGAUCAUCUCUAUAUGCUGGCGGAAGGGCAGUGUAUAUACCAAGGCAGAGUUAAUGGUUUGGUUCCAUUUUUGGCUUCUUUGGGAUAUGAAUGUCCGAGUUAUCACAAUCCAGCGGAUUAUGUUAUGGAAGUUGCAUGUGGCGAGCAUGGAGAAUGUGUUCACAAGCUCGUGAUGGCGGUCAACCACGGCAAAUGUAAUGUUUGGAACCGCGAAACAGCGCGACCGCCUCCAAUAACAAACGACAUUAUGAAGAAAGAAUUACCGCCAAUCCCGAAAUCCAACGAAAAAACCUCCAACAAAGAUAAUACUAUUGUAAAUAUACCAAUGAAUGGCGAUACUACAAAUCCCAAACAACUGAACGCUGCCAACUGCACUACUUCAUUAUUAGAUUCUAAUGAAAGCGUAACGACGAUGCCAACCAGAACUGGAUUUCCGACAUCUGGAUGGCAGCAGUUUUGGAUUUUGUUGAAACGAACAUUCUUGACGAUAUUUAGAGAUCAAACCUUGACGCAAAUGCGACUGGUAUCGCAUGUAGUAGUUGGAAUUCUAAUAGGAUUGAUUUAUUAUGACAUCGGGGACGAAGCUUCCAAAGUGAUGAGCAAUGCUGGAUGUGUAUUUUUCACAACUAUGUUCACCAUGUUCACCGCUAUGAUGCCAACAAUUUUAACUUUUCCAACAGAAAUGGCGGUAUUUAUAAGGGAACAUUUGAAUUAUUGGUACUCCUUAAAGUCAUUUUAUUUGGCCAAAACGAUUGCAGAUCUACCAUUCCAAGUUGUGUUCACAAGCGGUUAUGUCUUAGUAGUCUAUUACAUGACAUCACAGCCUCUAGAACCACAAAGAGUCUUCAUGUUUGUCUCCAUUUGCAUCCUGACAGCUCUAGUUGCCCAAAGUUUGGGUUUGCUAAUUGGAGCAGCUAUGAGUAUAGAGACAGGCGUUUAUCUUGGGCCAAUUACUACAAUACCAAUUGUUUUAUUCUCAGGAUUCUUCGUCAAUUUUAAUGCCAUACCCGGCUAUUUAAGCUGGCUGACGUAUGUAAGUUAUGUUAGAUACGGAUUUGAAGGUGCCAUGUAUUCUGUAUAUGGAUUCGACAGACAGAAACUGAAGUGUUCUGAACCUUAUUGCCACUUUAGAAGUCCCAAGAAAUUCCUUAAAGAAAUGACUAUGGACCAAGCAGUGUUUUGGGUUGAUGCCGUUGCUUUAUUCGGACUAUUCAUAUUUUUAAGGUUGGUAGCUUAUUUAGUACUGAGGCUGAAGUUAAGAUCUAUUCGCUAA